AUGCUCUUCAACGCCCCCGCACUCCUCACCACCACCCUCCUCGUCCUCACCGCUACUUUCCCCGUCUCCGCCGUCGACUACAGGCUCUUGGCCAACAAGCCUGGUUCCGGGUCGAUCGAGUCGUUCAAAGUUUCCUUCAAAAUCCAAUGCCCAUUCUUCAACCCGACCAACAAUACCAAUGCCAACCAUAGGUCUACAUUCUUUGUGCCGGGUGAUUGGCAGGGGCAGAAUACGGACUCUCAAGCGCUCGUUUAUUGCACUUUCACCAAACAGGAUGGAACUGCCUUCGCCGUCACCCGGGAGCUUGUCGAUUCUUUGGGAGGGUCUAUCGCGUAG